AUGGCUUGCUCCUCCUCCUCCUCCCAACUACCAUCGCCAUCCACCACCGUCGAUGAAACCAGCCCCGCGUCAAUCUCCACCGUCCAUACGGACAUAAUCCAGACCCACAUCCUCACCCGCCUCGACGGCCCCACGCUUGCCUCCGCCGCCUCCACCUCCUCCCAACUCCACGCCCUCGCCUCCCACCACCCCCUCUGGGCCAACAUCUGCCGCUCCACGUGGCCAUCCACUUCAACGCCACGUGUCCGCCAAGUCAUCUCCACGUUCCCCGAUGGCGCCUUCUCCUUCUUUUCCGACUCCUUCCCGCUCCUCACCAACCUGGAUGCCGCCGCAACAACUCUCGCGCCGAAUCACGAUCAGGACCGCCCGUGUGAAUUAAUCUCGGCCGUCGAUAUCUACCACCGCGACAAGCUCAUUCUGAGCAAGGUCGUCGAGACGGAGACCGUGACCGGGUGGUUCCGGUGCUCGCCGUUCCGGAUUGACCUGCUGGACCCCAAGGACGUGGUCCCCACCCAAAUCAAGUACCCAGCGGGCCAGGAAUCCGACACGUGUCGCGACCUCGGGGAUGAUCUGACCCUCAGCUGGAUUCUGAUGGACCCGAUCGGACGGCGGGCGAUGAACCUCUCGAGCCACAGGGCGGUGUCGGUGCAGCGGCACUGGCUGAGCGGGGAGGUGCACGCGCGGUUCGCGUCGAUUCUUCCAGGGGAGAAGGGGUCGGCGUCGGAGCAGGUGCAGUGCGGGAUCUUGGUCACGUGCGGGGAGUCGGAGGGAGGGGAGCUGCAGGUGAGGGAGGUGAGCUUGCAGGUGGAGGACAUGGAUGGAAUGCAUUUGAACGGGAGGGAUGGUUUGGUAAUUUUGCAGAGGGCGUUGGAGGGCAGAAAGGGAAGAAAGAAGAGCAGGAGAGAAGAGGAGGGAAAAAAGAGAUACGAAGAGUAUUUAGAGAGGAAGAAGGAAAGGAAAGAGAAGAAGCUGAGGACAGAAGGGACAUUAGAUACUUUGUGUGUGGCUUUUGGGGUAUUGGGGUUUUUCGUCUUCUGGUUAUUUAUUCUGUGCAGAUGA